AUGAGGACCUACAUGCCAAAUCUGGAACAACUUCAAGUCAAAGGCUGGGAUUCAUUAGAUGCUAUAUUCCAGCUUGAACAAAACCAGCAUUCCAAGGCUAGUGCAAACUGUAUAGUAAAACUGGUGCCCAUGUUGACAAGUCCAGUGGAAAUCACCGGCUUCAACAACCUCACGCUGCUAAGUUUAGAAGCUUGUCAGAAUUUAAGAUAUCUGUUUUCUCAUUCCAUAGCAAAGCUUCUUGUGAAAUUGCAAGAUGUGAAGAUUUCAAACUGUAGGAUGGUGGAGCAACUAGUCAAAAGCGAAGAUGGCUCAGUCGAAUUUUCUUCUGCAAACUCUCUUGAAGUUUUUGAGAAUGCAUUACCAAAUCAUGCAACAUCCAUCUCCAAAGAUUCAUUUGUGUUAGAGUUUCCAUCCCUGAAGAGCAUCAACAUUAUUAACUGCAGCGUGCUAGAAGUUAUCAUCAAGAAUGGAGAGUGGACAACAGACCUGACCUCAUUUGAUCAAGUACAGUCUCUUACUUUAAGCCAUCUGCCAAAUCUUGUGAGCUUCUGCCACCAACCUUGUAUUCCUGAGCAGCCAUCUUUAAGGAAACACAGAGGCAACGGCCAUCAUCAACAAGAUCAGGAGCUAGAGAUAUGUGAUUGUGAGAACAUAAAGGAAAUAGUAUCAAAAGAAGAAAUUCAUGCAAGCUUUUUCAGGAUUGUGUUCCCUAGAUUGAAGCGUCUGAAACUUGAACGCCUGUCCAAACUUGAAGCCUUCUGCCAUGGUUCCUAUGACUUGGAUUUCCCGUUACUGCAAGAAGUGUGUUUUGGAAAUUGCCAUAGGAUGGAGGUAUUCUCAUAUGGAUUUCCAAAUACUCCAAAGCUAAAAGGUAUUACCAUGAAAGUUGGAAACCUUACCAAAGUCAUAUGGAUGGGAGAUCUGAACACCACUGCUCAACUUUCCAAAGGAAUUGAAGCAACGGGGGAGCAAUUCUUAUGGGGUUAUGGCUACUCAGAGUUAGCUUUUCAAACAUCAGAGAAUCUUGGCUGGCUCAAGCAGGAACAAGGCAUGCUUAGCUACUUUAUGAAAGAAACAGAGAUGACUAUUGAAAAAUUUCAAAGUUUACUGACUCUAGUCCCAUCCAAUGUGAUACACUUGUUUCAGAAUCUGAAGAACCUCGUUGUAAAAGACUGUGGUUCACUGAUUGAAGUGUUUGAAUCAGAAGGAAUAAACAAAAAGAAGAGGCAUAGCAUGAUACACUAUGAGCUAGAAGUCAUGAACUUGCGUUUUCUGCCUAAGCUGAUUCGCAUAUGGAAAAAUCAUGAAGAGAUUUUGGACUUCCAGAAGCUGAGAAUAUUGAAGGUUGAAUACUGUGGCAAUUUGAAGGGUAUACUGUCACCUUCUAUGGCCAAAAGUCUUGUCCAACUACAACACCUUCGUGUAUACGGUUGUCAAAUGAUGGAGGAGAUAGUAAUGAAGGAAGCUGAAGAAGAAUCCGAAGGAGCAAAUAAAGCUGAGAUAUUGUUUCCGUUGCUGAACAGGUUGGAGCUUCGUCACCUUCCCAGUCUCAAAUGUUUUUGCUCAGAAAGUGUAGACUUUGAACUUCCCUUCUGCGAAGAAAUGGUAAUUGAAAAAUGCCCAAAGAUGACGACCUUUUCCUAUGGAGCAGUAAGUAUACCAAAGCUUUCUAAUAUAUACAAAGGAUCCUAUGAGUAUGUAGACAUCAUGGGAGACCUUAAUAUGACAAUCUACCAAGCUCAUUCAGGAGAUUUGAAGGCAGCAUUUCAAAGAUCAAAGACAAUCAAUUGGAUUGAGCAAGAUAAAAUCCUACUUGGCUACAUAACAAGAGUAACAGAACUGGUUGUUGAAGGUUGCGAGAAGCUGUUGAACUGUGUUCCAUCCAACAUGCUACAUAGGCUGCAACAUUUGAAACAGCUCAAGGUCCGAGAAUGUUGUUCACUGGUGGAGAUAUUUGAAUCAGAAGGAGUAGAAGCAAAUGAAGAUAAAGAGCAUGCUAAUGCUAUGACAUUGUAUGAAUAUAAUCUACAAGAAAUGCAUUUGUGCUCUCUACCCAAACUAAUGCACAUAUGGAAAAACCAUGGUGACGUAGUUUUAGGUUUUCAUAAUCUUAGAAAGCUAAACAUCGGGUGUUGUGAUGGUCUAAGAAGUGUGUUCCCUCCUUCCAUAGCCAGGACCCUUGCGCAACUGCAAGAGCUAUCAGUUUAUGAAUGUGAGAUGAUAGAGGAGAUAGUCAGAACAGAGGAAGGAGAGUGCAACAAGGCCAAGAAGAUUGUAUUCCCAGAACUGAAGUGGCUGACCCUUUUUCGUCUUCCCAACCUUAAAUGUUUCUGCUCGAGUAAUUACCAGUUUGAGAUGCCGUCUUGCCGGGAAAUAACUAUUAAGGAUUGCUCAAAAAUGGAGAGUUGUUGUUAUGAAACCAUGAGCGCUCUGUGA